UCUAAAAAUGUUUUAUUUUCACAACAAACCAGGGGCAGAACAGGAAACUGAGGCAGGCAGUUAGGACUAGCCCAGGGUUAGCGGACGUCUGAGGGCGGAUUUGAACUUGGGUCUUCCACACGUCAAAGCCAGCCUUCCAUUCGCGGAAAGCAAGACCGAGAGCUGGGAACCUCCUUCUAAAGAGCAUGAGGAAACCAACCAAACCUCGAAGGCCGCUCUAGGCGUCUCCUCUCGGCCUCUCCCUGAUAAAAAAGAGCGUCUUCUCUAUGGUCCCUGCGGUGACUCCAUACGCUGAACUCUAUGGUUCCGGGGCUGGGUGGGAGGCCAGGAUUUGAAACCCGCGGCGGGAAAAUGGCGGCUGCGGCUGCAGGGCCCGGACCCGGGAGCCGCCGGCCCGGAGCGGGUGAGCGGCCGGGACGAUGAGACUCAGCGGUCGGAGCGCGAAGCGGCGGCGCUCGUCGUCGCCCGGCUCGGAUUCUUUCCUGGGACGCGGCGGCAAGAGAAGAGACCGGAGUGGCGAAGGUGUGGGGGCGAGUCCGCGGGAGCCCGCGGGGCCCGUGCUGAGCCCGCCCCCGGAGCUGGCGAGUAGCCUGCGGAGGAGCAGCCUCAGCCCGCCAGGACCUUUCAAGCCAGUGGUAGUUCCUGAUAACCAAAUAGACAAACUGCUCCUGGCAAGCUGGGGGCUUCCCAAAGCAGUUUUGGAGAAAUAUCAAAGUUUUGGUGUGGUUCAGAUGUUUGAAUGGCAAGCAGAAUGUCUCUUGCUUGGACAGGUCCUGGAAGGAAGAAACUUAGUCUAUUCAGCCCCUACAAGUGCUGGAAAGACUCUUGUUGCUGAAUUACUGAUUUUGAAGAGAGUUUUGGAAAUGCGUAAGAAAGCUUUAUUCAUUCUGCCCUUUGUUUCAGUGGCUAAAGAGAAAAAAUAUUACCUUCAGAACCUGUUUCAGGAAGUAGGAUUGCUGGUGGAAGGCUACAUGGGCAGCUGCUCCCCAGCAGUCCGUUUUUCUGCUUUGGAUAUUGCUGUCUGUACAAUCGAGAGAGCCAAUGGUCUGGUCAAUCGCUUAAUAGAGGAAGAUAAGAUGGAUUUGUUAGGAAUGGUGGUUGUAGAUGAGUUGCACAUGCUGGGAGAUUCUCAUCGUGGAUACCUGCUAGAACUUCUUUUGACUAAGGUUCGAUAUGUGACUCAGAGAGCGGCAGCACGCCCAGAAAAUUUGACCAGUGAUUUUUCUAAAGACAUUCAGAUAAUUGGCAUGAGUGCAACGCUCCCUAAUCUUGACCUCGUAGCUUCCUGGUUAAAUGCUGAACUCUAUCAUACUGACUUUCGACCAGUACCACUUUUGGAGUCAUUAAAAAUUGGUAAUUCAAUAUAUGACUCAUCCAUGAAACUUGUGAGGGAGUUUCAACCCAUGCUCCAAGUGAAGGGAGAUGAGGACCAUAUAGUUAGCUUAUGCUAUGAGAUCAUCUGUGAUGGCUAUUCAGUCCUGAUUUUCUGUCCAUCAAAGAGUUGGUGUGAGAAACUGGCAAAUAUCAUAGCCCAUGAGUUUUAUGACUUGCAGCAUCAAACACAAGGAUUUGUAAAGCCACCUGAACUUCACCCAGUUACAUUGGACCAAAAAGGACUCUUGGAAGUAGUGGAUCAAUUAAAACGCUUGCCUUCUGGAUUGGAUUCUGUACUGCAACAAACUGUGCCAUGGGGCGUGGCAUUUCAUCAUGCAGGUCUCACUUUUGAGGAGAGGGAUAUAAUUGAAGGAGCAUUUCGUCAAGGACUUAUUCGUAUUUUGGUAGCAACAUCUACACUUUCUUCUGGAGUGAAUUUGCCGGCCCGCCGUGUGAUUAUUCGGACUCCUGUCUUUAAUGGAAAAUGCCUUGAUAUCCUCACUUACAAGCAGAUGGUUGGUAGGGCAGGAAGGAAAGGUGUUGACACAGUAGGUGAAAGUAUCUUAGUUUGCAAGAAGAUGGAGAAAUCAAAAGGCAUUGCUCUACUUCAGGGGUCCCUCAAACCUGUGUGUAGCAGUCUGCAAAGAAGGGAGGGAGGAGAGAGAACAUCCAGUAUGAUACGAGCCAUUCUAGAGAUAAUAGUUGGUGGAGUUGCCAAUACACCAGAGGACGUCCACACCUAUGCAUCUUGCACUUUUUUGGCUGCCAGUCUGAAAAUGGAAAAACAGAAAAGUUUGAAAGGGGACAAACAAAAAAUGCAGCAGGAACAACAUGGAGCAAUUGAAGACUGUGUGAUGUGGCUGCUAGAAAAUGAAUUCAUUCAGAUUUCAGAAGCUAAUGUUGGAAUAAAAAAAAAAGUAUAUCAUCCUACUCACCUUGGUUCGGCCACUCUUUCUUCAUCUCUUUCUCCAACUGAGGCCCUGGAUAUAUUUGCUGACCUCCAGAGAGCUAUGAAAGGCUUUGUUUUAGAGAAUGACCUGCAUAUUGUGUAUCUGGUUACUCCUUUGUAUGAAGACUGGACAGCUAUUGAUUGGUACCGCUUUUUCUGUCUGUGGGAGAAACUGCCCACCUCUCUGAAGAGGGUGGCUGAACUGGUGGGAAUUGAAGAGGGUUUCUUGGCUCGUUGUGUGAAAGGAAGAAUAGUAGCCAAAACUGAGAGACAGCAUCGACAAAUGGCCAUUCAUAAAAGAUUUUUCACUAGUCUUGUACUAUUAGAUUUAAUCAGUGAAGUUCCUUUAAAGGAUAUUAUUCAGAAAUAUGGUUGUAAUCGUGGACAGAUUCAAUCUUUGCAACAAUCAGCUGCAACUUAUGCAGGGAUGAUAACCGUGUUUUCUAAUCGUCUUGGCUGGCACAACAUGGAACAACUACUUUCUCAAUUUCAGAAACGUCUUACAUUUGGUGUCCAGAGGGAGCUGUGUGACUUAGUUCGGGUGUCUUUGCUGAAUGCACAGAGGGCCAGAGCUCUUUAUACUGCUGGCUUUUUAACAGUGGCUGAUCUUGCCCGAGGAAGUAUUGCUGAGGUGGAAGCUGUUCUGAAAAAUUCUUUGCCAUUCAGAAGUGUCCGCAAGGCAGUAGAUGAAGAAGAGGAAGCAGCUGAGGAACGCAGGAAUUUUCGAACUAUCUGGGUAACUGGAAGAAAGGGUUUAACAGAAAAAGAAGCAGCAGUACUUAUUGUGAAGGAAGCCAGAAUGAUUUUGCAGCAAGAGUUAGCUGAAAUGGGAGUACAGUGGAAUCCAGACUCUUUUUUGAACUCUGAAACCUGUUCAGCUAGAAGCAGUGAAUCAGAAACAGAGGACCUAAAAUCUAGGCAACAUGCCAAAGACUUAUUUCAAAGACCCAAAGUAUCAAAGAGAGAUCCUAAAAUUUCUUUUGGUGAGUCUCUUGCUAAGACACCCAAUACUGUGCAAAAUUCUAAUACAGACAAGAUGUCCGCUAACUCUUCAAACUCUAUUGUCCAAGGUGGAAAUGAAGAGCAUCAGCUAUAUGUUGAAAUGAAAAGUGAUGAGUCUGUUUCUAGAGGAAGAAAAUCCUCAUUUUUGGAUUCAAGUAAAGAUAAAAUUAUCACCACUACAAACAAAAGAAAGUCAGGCAAUGAGAAAAUUCCUAAAACAUUCUCAGAUGAAAAAAGGAAAAAAACAGCUUUAAGUUUUAGUUCAGAAAAACUGUCCCAAACUCCCCAGUUUAGGAAGCAAAGCAAAUAUGUGAACCAAUCUGAAGUUAGAUGCAAUGUCAAAAACUUUAGAACACAUAGGAUUGAUUCACCAAAUAGUACUACAUUCAGCUCUGCUACUGUUAAAGAUUUAGUGACAUCAGAUGAAAAGAGUAUGGAAUUUCAAAAUCCAGGACCUUCUGCUCAAACUGAGUCUUUGGGCACUAAUGUCAAAUAUUUCAAGCAUACAACAGCACACCUUCCACAAACAGCGAAGAGUUGUUCAAAGAACAAAAUAAUCCAAGACUCUAUUAUUUCAGAACAUUUCAUCAUAAAAUCUCAAACAGAAAAUAAUUUCAACCAAGCUCCUUGGCUUGCUGGGAAUGAUGUAGUGGGUGAAGGUAAGCCAUACUCAGAAAUGGUGAGUAAUGGUUCGAAGGACAAAGAUAAUCACAUGAAAAAUCAGAGACUUCAGGGGAAGCACACCAAUGCCAAUCCAGUUAUGAAUUGUUCUGAAAACAGAUCAGUUACUGAUACAAAAAUUUAUGUCAAAGAGGAAGUAUUGUUAGGCAGAAAACCACUCAGUGAGACAGACUCCAGUUAUACAAACACACAUAAAAAUGUUGGUACUAGCAGAUGGGAAGGUGGAGAUGCUGAUGAAAAUGACCAACCACCCGAAGACAACAAAAGCCAACCCAAGGGGCCUCAUGGAAUGUCAGUACAAGUUGGAGCUAUGGAUAAAGGAGGCCUGGAUGAAAAUGAUCCAAAGGCCUUUGGAGUGAAAAAAAAUGCAGGUGCUCAUGUUGCAAAUGAAACUAAAAAUAAUCAGUCUUCUGACUUAGGCUUGGGGCUUAGGGACUUUGACGAUAGUUUCCACCUGGAUACUCAGACAGAGAAAAUAAUACAACAGAUGGCAGCUGAGACUGCAAAGGACAAAAAGGUAGCAACAAUGUUGGCCCAGAAGUGCUCAGAAAGACAACACUCUGGUAGCACUUUGCAAAGUGAAAAUGUUACUUCUUCCAGGGAAGGAUCAACUAGAGGGAUGAGAAAAAUGGAUCCCUCAAAUUGUAAGGUUGUAGAUGCCAAGAAGACAACCACCGAGUCGCCUAGCAUUGAAGUCCUGACUCUGGAAAGCCCUGUUUUACAGACUCCGGCAAAACUGGGGAACAAUUAUUUUUCUUUUAAAGGAAAUGAAAAUUCUGUCACUGACUCCCAACUAAAUAGUUUUCUUCAGGGUUAUCAAACACAAGAUUCAGUGACAUUAAACACUCCACCAGGCUUACAAAAGAAAGCUUCAGUCGGCAGAGAGGCAAAUUGUCAUCCCGUUUUUGAAACGAGUUUGAAUAUGAGUGAUAGUUUACUCUUUGAUAGUUUUAAUGAAGAUUUAGAAAAAGAUGAAGUAAAGGAGCAACAACCGGAUCCACAAAAGAGUGUCCCUCCUUCCGAAAUUACUUCCAACCAUUCCAGUGAUAUUUUGUGUCAGCAACCACAUGGAUCAAAAGAUAAAGCAGUUUUGAAUCUAGUACCAGUUGAUGGGAAUCAGGUUAUGCAGCAACAGUCUGCCUGUUUUAGUGAUGAGUCAAUGAUGUUCUCAGAAAUAGAUUCUUUUCAGAUGGCUGAAGCUUUGGAUGGUGCAGAUUUAGCUCUUAGUCAAGAGCAGCAUGUCCCUGCAAUAACUCUUAAUAGAUUAGAGCAAAGGAAGUCAGGAGUUAUAAAUCAUAAUUACCCCAGAUCAACAGUAGAUAGGAUAGGUCAGGAUGUAAAUGUGCAAAUAACUAAAUCUGCUGGAGAAAAUAAUGAUGAUUCAUUGAUGUGGUCUGGGGAAUCAUUUGACUUAAGCCCAGGACUAGAAAAAAUUUUAGAUCGAUUAGAGAGUGAUAAACCAACUUUAGUGAGUACAGAGCUGUCUGCUCUGAAAGAAAAGCACAUAGACUUAAAGGACCAACAAGAAGUAACCUCAUCUUGGCUAGCACAGGAAAUGCCACUUUAUCCUAAUGGCAAAUUAAAAAACAACUUUGAAGCAUUGGAAAACAAUGAGAAGAUUUCAGCUUUUCAUGGUAAAACUUCAUCUCCUUUGCUUUAUAAAGAAAACAACAUUAUUUCUGAUAAUCUGGAGAGUCAUGUAUUUUUUCCUCCUUCACCCACUUCUAUUCUACCCACCAAGCAUGGCCCAUCACGGGUUCUUGGAAUUUCUAAAAAACUUGGAAAAGCCCAAAUGGCUUUACAUAGAGAUGAAAGUUACCCACUUAUUUCAUUAUCAGAUAUUGAAGAGCAAAAGCUUAAACCACAAAAUGAAAAUAGUCAUAUGAAAAACCACAGUCCCUCUAAAGAUACAGACCUUUCACUGAAGUUUUCACAAGAUAUGUCACAAUUAACUCUAGUCCCAUGUAGUACUGAAAUCUUGACAAUCAUUGAUGUAGCAAGUGACAAAACUCUUUUUCAGACCUUCAUCAAAGAAUGGCAGUGCAAAAAGAGAUUUUCCAUUUCACUAGCUUGUGAAAAGACCAGUUCUGCAGGUCUCAAGUCAACAAGUAUAGGUGGUAGAUUCAAGCCAGUAAUAUCACCUGAACUAAUCCCAGUUACAGAUGAUGGGUUUCCUGUUAAAGGCCAUGAAGACAUUUUGCUGGUUGGGUUGGCUGUAUGCUGGGGUGAAAGGGAUGCCUACUAUGUGUCACUGAAACAAGAAGAAAACCAUUCUGAAAUCAGUGCCAGUUUAGCACCACCUUCUUUGGAUCCAAAUCUUACUGUGAAUGAAAGAUUGUGGCAACUUCAGGCUUCUUUGCAACAAAUUUUUGUGGAAGAACGUUCAGUUAUCAUCUACAACUUCAUCCAGAACUAUAAGAUGCUUCUUCUCUCUUGUGGUAUUUCCCUGGCAGGAAGUUUUGAAGAUCCAAAGGUGGCCUGUUGGCUUCUAGAUCCUGACUCUAAAGAACCAACACUUCACAAUAUAGUUACACGCUUUCUUUCUCAUGAGCUACCGCUAUUGGAAGGAAUAGAAACAGGCCAAGGGAUACAAAACCUGGGACUGAAUACCAGUGGUGACCAUUCUGGGCGAUACAAAGCAGCCAUAGAAUCUAUUCUCAUCUUCAACUCUAUGACUCAACUCAAUUUGCUAUUAGAAAAAGAAAAGCUACAAGAUGUUUUCUGUAAAGUGGAAAUGCCCUCCCAGUAUUGUUUGGCCUUACUGGAACUAAAUGGAAUAGGUUUUAGUACAGUAGAGUGCGAGAGUCAGAAACAUGUCAUGCAAGCCAAACUAAGUGCAAUUGAAGCUCAGGCUUAUGAACUAGUAGGCCAUAGCUUCUCCUUUACUUCCCCAGAUGAUAUUGCUGAGGUUUUAUUUCUGGAAUUGAAGUUACCACCAAAUGGAGUUCAAGGAAACAAGAAAACUUUGGGUUCUACUAGAAGAAUGAUUACAAAUGGACGUAGUAGCAAGUUAGGCAAGCAAUUCAGUACUAGUAAGGAUGUUUUAAAGAAACUUAAGACCUUACAUCCAUUACCAGGAUUGAUUCUAGAGUGGAGAAGAAUUACCAAUGCUAUUACCAAAGUUGUCUUUCCACUGCAAAGGGAAAAAUGUAUGAAUUCUGUCCUUGGAAUGGAAAGAAUCUAUCCUGUAUCACAGACUCAUAGUGCUACAGGUCGAAUAACUUUCACAGAGCCAAACAUCCAAAAUGUGCCGAGGGAUUUUGAGAUUGAGAUACCAGCGCCAGUUGGAGAGAGCCCACCUUCUCAAGCACAAGGCAGAAGUUUGCCUUUCAGAAAAAGUAAAAGCAAUUAUAAUAUAAAUUCUCGGUAUCAGACAUUGAUGGCAGAAAGAGUCAAAGACAGUGGGAAGCCAUUUUCUGUUAGUAUGAGACAUGCCUUUGUUCCUUUCCCUGGAGGAAUGAUCCUGGCUGCUGAUUAUUCUCAACUAGAACUGAGGAUUUUGGCUCAUUUAUCCCGGGAUCGUCGUCUCACUGAGGUAUUAAACAGUGGAGCUGACGUUUUCAAGAGCAUUGCAGCAGAAUGGAAGAUGAUUGAUUUGGAGGCAGUUGGAGAUGAGAUAAGGCAGCAAGCCAAGCAGAUUUGCUAUGGAAUAAUCUAUGGAAUGGGAGCUAAAUCCCUAGGAGAGCAGAUGGGCAUUCAAGAAAAUGAUGCUGCUUGUUAUAUUGAAUCCUUCAAAUCCAGAUACUCAGGCAUUCAACGUUUCCUAAGAGAGACAGUAAAGAACUGCAAUAGAGAUGGGUUUGUUCAGACCAUCCUGGGGAGGAGAAGGUAUUUGCCUGGAAUCAAAGACCAAAAUCCUUACAGUAGAUCCCAUGCUGAACGUCAAGCCAUCAAUACCACAGUGCAAGGCUCUGCUGCCGAUAUUGUCAAAACAGCCACUGUUAAUAUUCAGAGACGAUUAGAGACUCUUCCUUCUGUGAUCCAGUCACACGGGCAUAGAGAGAGUAACCUACAUGGUGACAAACCAGGACUGAAGAAAGGAUUUCAAAGAAUAUUUUGCCCAAUAAGAGGAGCUUUUUUCAUCCUUCAGUUGCAUGAUGAGCUCCUUUAUGAGGUGGCAGAAGACGAUAUUGUCCAGGUAGCUCAGAUUGUCAAGAAUGAAAUGGAAAACGCAGUGAAGCUCUCAGUGAAACUGAAAGUCAAAGUGAAGAUAGGACCAAGCUGGGGAGAGCUACAUGACUUGGAUGUAUGACUCUGGAAGGGAAGAGACGCCCCUUGCUCGAGGAUCUUGGUCCCUCACCUGGCCUGCCUUCUUGGAAGCUGCACUCAGGAUGCCCAACCACAGCCAACAUGGCAGCAGCUCUUGGAUGAACCAGGCUAUUUUUAUCAAGGUUUUUUAAAAGCAUUGUGGCUUCAAUAUCCUGAGGGACCUUUUUUGAGCAGUGUUUUUAUGGAAGGACAUUUCCAUAUGGAUAUUGGGAUGUUAUGAUUUUGGGGGAAAUGAAUUUUCUUCAAAUGAAAUAGAAUUUGAUGGUCAUAACUUCUCACAAAAAUAUCUGAGGAAUUGCCUUUUAUAGAAUAAGUUUGUAGAAUUUAAUGGUCUCUCAGGCUUGUUGUUAUAUGUACCUACUGCUGCUUAAACUAGUUUGGUGCCAUAGAGAAGACACCUGCUUAAUGGGUCCUUACCUAUUAAGUACCUUACCUCGAUCUUGCUCAGUUGUCUCUGCUUAGGUGGAAAAAAGGGAAGGAACUCUCUGAAGCUUCCCUAAAGGUUCUAUUCCUCUACAUCCCAGCAACCUUGACCAGGGCUAAUACCGGGGAUGAAGGACUAUAGAUAAGUAUUUAUUUUGCACACCAGGGAUCAGCAUUUUGUGAAGUUUUUAAUCCAUAAAGAACCUGGGAGGGGGUGGAGAAUAGGGGGAGAGUGAGGAUUAUUUUAGAUAUUUAGUGAUUCUAAGCCCACAGCAAUCUAAAUUAUUAAUUUUAAGGCUGUAAGGAAAUAAUGGAUGAAUAUCAUCUAGGAAUGUAUUUUCUUGAAAAGUUUUAUCUUCCUUCUAUUCCCUAUUCCCAUUCAUACAAUAUAUUUAAAAUAUGUCUUUCCUUUUAAUGAAGCCAUACCUCUUAAAAUGGCACUUGUUUUAGAAAGAAAUUUUAUUUUUCAUUUGAAGCUCAUUUGAAUCUGACACUGAAAAUGUCCUAUUCUCAUUGUUGUCUUAGUACCUUUUCUCAUUCUAAAAUAGGGUACUAUAUAUUUUUUUUGUAUGUAAUUGAAAACCUCAUUCGGAAAAGAUUGCACUUUAUAUGGAGUCUCAACAUUGGUCCUAUUCAUUGUUGAAAUAAAAUGAAUUUGUGAAUUCUAUUGAAAAUCUUUUUUUUUUUUUUUAUUUUAAUCAUUGUCUUUUACAUACCAGCAUCAGAAAAUUUGCUUUUAGUUCUGUCUUCUCUUUGGCAGAAUGCCAGCCAUAGCUGUUGUGAAUUAAGUAAAUGAUUGAUUGUCGUCUAAAUAGCUCUUUUAUGUUCAUUUACCCUGAAACAGAUAUUUAGUUUUGAUAUCUCCAUAUUAAAGUCAGCGUGUUAUUAAGCCUUUUGGUACUAUUAAAUGCAACUGUUUGAUGGAGAAUGAAAUGCUGUUGAUUGCUUGUGAAGCAAAAGGGACUUAACACACAAUUUUGAA